GUGGGGCUUUCCUAUUUUAGCUGCCGCCGCUUUUAUGAGGGCGCUCACUUCAUCCUUAGCCGCAAGCCCACCAUCCGACUUACCUUAGUCGCACGCUCAAACUACCAUUCCGUAAAGACCAACGGCCUAAUCUCGACUCCCAAAAGAUGGCAAACAUACAAUCCAUCUAGCGAGCGUAAUCAAAACGCCCGCCGAGGCAGACUAAAAAUUCGACUAUAUCGUCUGGCUGUUGACCAGAAUGCCGCUAUGGCCCAAGGCGACUAUUAUUACCUGCGUUGUAAGCGUCCCGUUCUGCGAGAUGUAUAUGUAUAG